CUCCCCUCGGGGCGGUCCCGCUCCGGGCUCGGCGCGACGAGGCGAGGGCCGGAGCUUGGCGGCGGCGCGGCGGCCCGAGGCCCGAGAUGGUGAUCUGCUGCGCGGCCGCGAACUGCUCCAACCGGCAGGGCAAAGGGGAGAAGCGCGCCGUUUCCUUCCACAGGUUCCCCCUAAAGGACUCAAAGCGUCUGAUCCAGUGGCUGAAAGCUGUUCAGAGGGACAACUGGACCCCCACGAAGUAUUCCUUUCUCUGCAGUGAACACUUCACCAAAGACAGCUUCUCCAAAAGGCUGGAGGACCAGCACCGCCUGCUCAAGCCCACGGCCGUGCCCUCCAUCUUCCACCUGACCGAGAAGAAGAGGGGGCCUGGGGGCCAUGGCCGCAGCCGGAGAAAGGACACCAGAAAGGCCUCGGGGGGCCUGAGGGGACAUGUGGGUGAAGCCGAUGGGAAAGGAGCUGCCGGUUCCCCGUCGCCCUCGAGCGAGCACCUGAUGGCCAAGUCAGGGUCCCGCAAGCUGAAGCGGGCCGCCCCGCAGGGCGAAGCCGCCGGCCUGGAGCGGGCGCCACAGGCUGCGCAGGGACCGCCAGGCGACGCUCCGGCCACGGCAGCAUCAGGCAGCCGGGCGGACGCUGACGGGCCGGCCCACAACGCCAGCGCCGGGAGCAGCACCGCCCCCGGCGCCGGCCUGGUGGAUAAGAGUGGCAUCUCCGCAGAUGACUUCACGCCCCCCGGGUCCGGGGCCUGCAAGUUCAUCGGCUCGCUGCACUCGUACAGCUUCUCCUCCAGGCACACCCGAGAGAGGCCGUCCGUCCCCCGGGAGCCUGUGGACCGCAAGAGGCCGAAGAGAGACAUGGAGCCCGGCUGCAGCGGGACGAGCCUGGGGCCUGACAAGGGCCUGGCCCAGAGCCCCCCGAGUUCGUCGCUGACAGCAACGCCGCAGAAACCCUCCCAGAGCCCCUCGGCCCCGCCGACGGACGUCACCCCGAAGCCGGCCGCGGAGGCGGUCCAGAGUGAGCACAGCGAUGCCAGCCCCAUGUCCAUCAACGAGGUCAUCCUGUCCGCGUCGGGGGCCUGCAGGCUCAUCGACUCGCUGCACUCCUACUGCUUCUCGGCACGGCAGAACCGGAGCCGGGCCUGCUGCCUGCGGGAGCAGGUGGAGAAGAAGAAUGGGGAGCUCAGGAGCCUGCGGCAGCGCGUCAGCCGCUCUGACAGCCAGGUGCGCAAGCUGCAGGAGAAGCUGGACGAGCUGCAGCGAGGGAGAGCGCCGCGCCCCAGCAGCCUGCCGACCCCCGGCCGCGAGCCCCCCAAGAUGAACCCCGUGGUGGAGCCGCUGUCCUGGAUGCUGGGCACCUGGCUGUCAGACCCGCCUGGAGCUGGGACCUUCCCAACGCUGCAGCCCUUCCGGUACCUGGAGGAGGUGCACAUCUCCCACGUGGGCCAGCCCAUGCUCAACUUCUCGUUCAACGCCUUCCACCCGGACACACGGAAGCCCAUGCACAGGGAGUGUGGCUUCAUCCGGCUGGAGCCCGACACCAACAAGGUGGCCUUCGUCAGUGCCCAGAACACAGGCAUCGUGGAGGUGGAGGAGGGCGAGGUGAACGGGCAGGAGCUGUGUGUCGCGUCCCACUCCAUCGCCAGGAUCUCCUUCGCCAAGGAGCCGCACGUGGAGCAGAUUACCCGAAAAUUCAGGCUGAAUUCUGAAGGCAAACUUGAACAGACGGUCUCCAUGGCAACCACUACCCAGCCCAUGACUCAGCAUCUUCACAUCACCUACAAGAAGGUGACCCCGUGACCCAGAGCAGAGCUUCCUCCCAGCCGUGUGUCGCGAGGUGACCCCUGGCUCCUCUGAGACGCCGCCGCAGGUGUGGGUGUGGCCGCAGAUCCCAUGGGCGCAGGGUGUUGCCCCGUGUUCCUGUAUCAGCGUAGAAAAACCAAAUAA